AUGCCACUGGCGGCUGAAGAAGGCCAACUAUUCAACAUGGAAGCAGAGGUCGACAAACUGGAACUAAUAUUCCAGAAAGCUGACACUGAUCUCCAUUACAUUCAGCUCAGGCUGAAAUAUGAAAUCAAGACUGAUCAUCCUGAUUCCGCAGGUGAGAAAAAUCCAGUUACACUCUUACAGGAAGUGUCAGCGAUAAAGUCUCGAUACCAAACUUUUAUGCUUCUUUUAAACCUGCUGCAUUUCUAGUACUUUGAGCAAGACUUAACCAUGACACAAGAACUACAAAAGCUAGAGAUGUGGAGCUGUCACC